CCGCACUCCAUCCCCCAGCCACGAGUGACCUCGAGCGAGGGCGCGUCGGCAGCCUGUCCCCGUUCCCUUCCGCCGCCACGCCCCAGCCCCGGUGCCGUCCGGCGACCCCGCACCGUCCCCUUCCCCGUAUACCGCCCGUCUCGUCCGUUGACCCCAUCCCGGCCCCUCUCAUGGACGAGGGCCUCGCCGCUUCUGUUCCCGGCCCGUUCGUCACCAAGCGGGCUCGGUUUGUGGGGCCACACGCAUCCAGUAGCUCAGGCGCUGACCCGGAGAUGGAGGUCCGAGCACUCGUCUCGAUGGCCAGCGGACUCUACCCGUUGGCACGGGCAGAGGCACUGAGUGGCCUCGCCUCGGUCCUCAAGAAGGUGAAUGCCAGCGGUGGGGUUGUGGAGUGCUGCUACGGUAGCGCGGUGAAAUUGCUGAGGGACGAGGACGAGGGUAUCAGGUUGGCCGCUGUGCGAUUGGUUGGCCUUUGUGUGGAGAAGUUUGCCAUGAGAGAGGAGUUGGGUGGUGAUGGUGACCAAAUGGACCGGAUUUUCCUACAGCUUAGCUCCAUGGCUAGGGACAUGUGUACAGAAGUAAGAAUUGAAGCAUUCAACGCACUUGCCAAAAUGCAGAGAGUAUCCGACGGUGUCUUGCUUCAGUCGCUGUCUAAGAAGAUUAUAAAAACUGACACUGGGAGUGCCUCUAGCAGCAAAGGGAAAACACUACCACCUAAAUUAUCAUUUCCCUGUGCUGCUGGCAUAUUUGCACAUGGGAUUGAAGAUGAAUUCUAUCAGGUCCGGGCAGUUGCAUGUACAACGCUGGGAGCUCUUGCAAAACUUUCAAACCAAUAUGCACAGAAGGCCUUGGACUUGUUGAUGGACAUGAUGAAUGAUGAUACAGAAGCAGUUAGACUGCAAACUUUGCAUACACUGUUUGAUAUGGCAACAUAUGGAUCUUUGAGCGUGCAUGAGAAGCACAUGCACAUGUUCCUUGGCAUAUUGAUGGAUGCCAAUGUCAUAGUUCGAAAUGCAGCACGCAAGAUCCUAGGGUCAGUAAAUCUGCCUAAACUUCAAAUGUUUAAAUCUGCAGUUGAUGGUCUCAUUGCAGGUCUGGAGAAAAAUCCGGAGGAUCAAGAUAUAUAUGGUGUUCUGUUUUCCAUUGGCAAGAAUCAUGGGAGCUUUUCAGCCAAUAUAGCUAGACAUUUAGCCAAAGAGAUCAAUAUGGCAUCUGAUGGAGAGCUGAUCUUGGACAAAUCUAGAACCAAAGCAUUGUUAAUGGUUUCUGUCUCGGCUGCUUAUGGUGAUAAAGACAAAAAACUGGAUAUACCCACAGUUAUAUUUUCACAUUCAAUUCCCCUAUUUGGGACUAUCUCGUGUGCACUAGCUGAAGAUGAACAGGAUUCACUCUUAUCCUACCUGUAUUGUCAAACUGAAAUGCCAUUUUGGGAAAAGAAGUUGGUGUCUGCAGAAGGUGGAGAUUAUGAAUGUUUCAGUGUUGAAACAGUGGGAGGAACUCAUGCACAGAUAGGAAAGACUGAAAAAACAACCAAGUACCUAGAUGAAGUCGUGAUAAUGCAGUCGACGAGGCUCAUAUUAGAUACAGUUAAAGGAGCCUGGGCUGUGAUAAAGCCGUGCAGUAUAGGAGAAGUUCAAAGUACUCUGAGAACAUGCAAAGAAGAAGUCAAUAUCUUAGAUGUAAAUUCUUCUGGGUCAACUGGUGCCUUCUUGAGUUUUGUGUGUGACUAUCUUGAUGCAGUACAGCUCAUUGUUGAAAUAUGGCGUUUCGUUCAGUUGGAUGAUUCUCAUGCUUUUGGCCCCACAUCACUUGAUAUUUUGCUAGAGAAGUUGGAUACAUCUGUGAGAAGGAUGAAAUGUUGUUAUGCUGGAUUGAAUAGAGAACUGGAGGUUCAAGUCUUGGAUUUUGGUUUGUUAGCUAUUUUAUGUAGACUGUCCGAGUUUGGAACAUGUUCAAAACUAAUGCUAGAUAAGUUGCAUUGGAUAAUUAAUCACAUUGAUGGUCUGUGCGCUGAUGGACCCUAUGAGCUUUCCAACUUCAGGAAAGAAGUUAAGAAAGUGUUUGAUGGUAACUUUAUCGACGACACUCCUGUCGUCAAUAUUUGCACAUUUCUUGAAAUCUUUGAUCUAAGACCAGCAACAGAUUUUGGAAUGCUCAAUGCUACAACUGCUGUGUUGCAAGUCCGGGAUACAAAUUCUGAAAAUCCAUUAUCAUAUGUUUGUGGAUUACCUGUGGGCAUGACCUUUGACAUAUCUCUAUGCAAUAUCUCUAGUAAUGAUAGAAUAUGGCUCCGCAUGGUUGCUGGUCAGUCCAUCCGACAUGUCUUCUUAGACCUGUCUUGUUUUGAGGGCAAUGAUGAGGUGAAGAGCUGCUCCACAGUCAUUCCUUUCUAUGCUACCCCAAUGGCAUGUUCAUUUGUUCUGAGGGCAUGCUUGGUAAUUGAAUGUCCAUUUGGAAGUAUCGGCACUCAUCAGGAAGGACAUGGAGGGCCAAGAGAUUGUGUUGUACAACUAUGUGAUGAAUUGGAUGUCUACUUUGUUAGUGCUGAUACCGAUCAAAGGCCAUGGUCGAAAUGAUAGGGGUCAUGUGCUCCAUGUUCUUCAGCAUGCCCUCUUAAACCCCUUUGAUCGACUGCACCACCGUGUUCUAACAUUAACUGCGAUCAAGUAUAAUAUGGGAAAGCAGUUAGGAUACCAGUAGUGACAAAUGAGGAGUUUCAUGUGAUUAGUUGUUUCAUUGUAUUAUCAGAUCAAACUGGUUAGUUGUUUUCUUUAUGAAUCAAGAAUUUUCCUGUGGCAUGUGGCCAGAAGAAAUGUUAUCUCGCAAGAACUCUUGAGUAAGAGUUCGGUUGCACUGAUAUUUUGGUAGCAGUAAGCAAGAACAAAGCAGUUUCUCGACCACUAAGAUGUGCUGCUGUUGCUAGGGUAUGUUUACUUCACGCCAUAUGUAUAUGUAAGGGUUUGGCAUAUGAUUGAAGAAUUGGAAAUUCUGUGAA